AUGGGAGUGUUCUUCACUGUCCUCUUAGCAUCUCUGUUGAUAUUCUUCCCGGAUCAUCUACACGGCGGUGUACCCUACAAUGGCAGCAUCACACCAGGUUUCGAAGGAUCACAUAUUAAUUACAUCAACAACAACGGAAUCUUCCUCGAAUCAAACAACUCAGCCUUCGGUUUCGGUUUCAUAACGACACCAGAUUCCGUCACUUUCUUCACACUCAGCAUCAUCCACAAACCCAGCUCUAGACUCAUCUGGUCAGCAAACAGAGCUUCCCCUGUUUCUUAUUCCGACAAGCUUCAGUUCCAAGACUACGGGAAUAUAGUGCUGCGCAGAGAAGAAGAGGGAGAAUCCGAGGUCUGGAGAUUGGACAAUUCAGGCAAAAACGCUUCAAGAAUCGAGCACCGUGACUCAGGGAACCUCGUUGUUGUCUCCGGUGACGGAGAUUCGAUCUGGGAGAGUUUUGAACAUCCUACAGAUACUCUUAUCACCAAUCAAGUGUUUAAAGAAGGCAUGAAGCUCACUAGCAAUGCUUCUUUAAGUAACAUGACUUAUGUUCUUGAGAUCAAGUCAGGAGAUAUGGUUUUAUCUGUCAACAGCUUGACCCCUCAAGUGUACUGGUCCAUGAGCAGUGAUAGCCAGAGGAUCAUUGAAAAAGACGGUGUAUUGACUUCAUCGUCUCUCCUCGGGAACUCGUGGAUGUUCUUUGAUGAGAAACAGUCUUUGUUAUCGCAGUUUUUGAUUUCAUCAGAAAAAAGAGAUAACUCCACUUGGAUCGCUGUUUUGGGAAACAACGGUGUGAUCUCCUUUACAAUUCUUGGGAGUGAUCUGUAUGCUGCAGCUGAUUCUUCCAUUAAAUUCCCAAGCGACCAAUGUGCAACUCCCGAGCCUUGUGGCCCUUACUACCUCUGCUUUGGUCGUACAGUGUGUCGAUGUGUGUUGGGGUUAUUAAGAAUUCGGUCUGAUUGCCAAACCGGUAUCACUUCUCCUUGUAAGAAAACUGACAACAAUGCAACUAUGAAACUUCUAAAUGCUGGAGACAAGGUUGAUUAUUUCGCUCUAGGGUUUGCUUAUCCCUUCUCCAAGGAAACCAAUCUUGAUAGCUGUAAAGAGAUCUGCAACAGCAACUGCUCGUGUCUUGGUCUUUUCUUUCAGAACAGUUCCGGUCACUGUUUCUUGUUUGAUUGGAUUGGUAGCUUUAAAACCUCUUCAAACAAAAGCUCUGGUUUCGUCUCUUACAUCAAGGUGGCUACUACUAAUGAUUUGGGAGGUGAAGAAAACGGAUAUGAUAACAAUGGGAAACACUUUCCAUAUAUAGUAAUUAUAAUCGUCUUAGCGGCGGUCUUUACCAUAGGUGUUUUGAUACUCGUGGCGUUUCGGAUUCAUAGGAGAAUGAAAUUACGUUUGUUUUCUUCUCAAGAGACUCAUAGUUUCGUCAACAUACUACCUGGUACGUCUAUCCGAUUUUCUUACAAAGAUCUUCAGUUAGCUACACGUAAUUUUACGGAGAAGUUAGGUCAAGGAGGGUUCGGUUCAGUUUUUAAGGGGAUUUUACCAGAUGGUUCUCACAUAGCCGUGAAGCAGCUCGAAGGAAUAGGUCAAGGCAAGAAAGAGUUCAAAGCCGAGGUUAGUACAAUCGGUAGCAUUCACCAUCAAAACUUGGUGCAUCUCACAGGCUUCUGCGAGGAAGGUGCUCACAGGCUUCUCGUUUAUGAGUACUUACCGAACGGUUCGUUAGAGAGAUGGAUAUUCAGGAGAAGAGAUGGUGAUCUACUCUUGAAUUGGGACGCAAGGUUCAACAUCGCGGUCGGUACAGCGAAAGGUUUAGCGUAUCUACACGAAGAUUGCGACGCAAGAAUCAUCCACUGCGAUAUUAAACCAGAGAAUAUCUUGUUGGAUGAUGACUUCAACGCCAAGGUAUCUGACUUUGGACUAGCUAAGCUCAUGACACGUGAACAGAGCCAUGUCUUCACGACUCUGCGUGGUACGAGAGGCUAUAUGGCUCCUGAAUGGAUCACAACGUACGCGAUCUCGGAGAAGAGCGAUGUUUACAGCUAUGGAAUGGUUCUUGUGGAGUUAAUAAGAAGAAGAAAGAACCAAGAGUGUUUAGCGAGUUCUAAUUUUCCUGCUUAUGCUUUUAUGAGGAUGAGAGAAGGAUUGCUUAUAGAGGAUGUUGAUUGGGGUAUGGAGGAGGAGGGUGUUGAUGUGAACGAUGAUGAGAGAGUUUCAAGGGCGAUGAAAACUGCGUUUUGGUGUAUACAAGAAGAUAUGGAUUUGAGACCGUCGAUGAGCAAAGUUGUUCAGAUGCUUGAAGGUGUUUUUCCGGUGGUUCAGCCUCCUUCUUCUUCUACUUUAGACCCGAAUCGUUACACGAGGUUGGAGUUGAGAUCGAUCAGCGAAGAUGGCAGUGGUAGAACUUCAUCAUCGGUGUUUCAUAGCGAGCUCUCCGGCCCGAGAUAA